ACCCUAGAUUUCAAAAUUGGGAGCCGUAUUUCAGUGAAGCUCUCUCACACCAAAACCACUACCGCACGAUGACAGCCACUUCAAACCACCGUACGCCGCCGCCGACACCUCCGCCUCCCGCAGAAGCUCCUUACAUCAACAUCUAACCAAACCCACUUUCCUUCUGUCGUGCAACGCGGCUCACAGCAGCCCAGCCAUCGGUUGAACAGAACAGAUUGGUGAGAACCUUGUUUACCUUGUUUUGUGCAAAGAGACUAAGAGUGUGAGGCUCGCAAUGGAGGGAUUGAAGGUAUCGGAUGCCAGUUUGAUAGUCUACGUGGACCCAUCAAAGAGUACCAAGGUUUCCCAAGCAGUCCUCCGUGAGCUUAGCUCUCUGCUUUUCAAGUUCAAUGAAAAUUUUGAGGGCGUGGUAUUAGCUUAUGAUGUCCAAAUUCAAGAUGAACGUGCAAAGAUUCUUCCUGCAAUGCACCCUUAUUUUGGUGUGAGCCUAAAAGCAAAGUUGUUACUUUUUGCUCCAAAGCCAAAUAUGCUUUUAGAAGGAAAGGUAGUGAAGCUUACACAAACAUCUAUUCAUGUCAUUGUUCUUGGUUUCUCAUCUGCUGUCAUAACAGAUGAAGACAUUCGAAAGGAAUUCAAAUAUAAAACUAAACAUGGUGAGGAACUAUAUGCUAGCAGAUCUCACAAGCGACAUGUGAUAAAGGUUGGAACCAUGAUUCGCUUUUUAGUCAAGAGUUUUGAUGAGGAACUACUGCACAUUUCUGGGUCUCUAGUUCCAAUUAACACAGGAAGCAUUCGUUGGUUGGCUAAAAAUAUGGAAGAUGUUCCACUAAUUGACAGGAGCACAACGAAGAGAGGAGAAAGUGAGGGAGACACGGUAAUUCAACAGCAUUAUACUGUAGUUGGUGAAGCUUAUUCCUGGCACAGUGACCCUCAAAUCAAGAAGUCAAAGAAACGUAAGAUUAAAGAGGAGUCUUAAAGACUAUCUGUACUCUUGUUCUCUGUAACUGAGCCAUGCAAUUUCUGCCUUCAUGUAAUUGUCAAACCUCUUUAUGGCAUUGAUGUUUUAUUAAAAUGCCUAGAAAUUUUGUUAGAUUUAUACGAGUCUGAUGACGUUUUUCUUCACCUCAUUAAGCUUAUAAUAUCAAGAUAUCAUUUUCGUCAA